UCUUCACUUCCUCCCCUCUUAAUCAGAUAGAGAGAAAAGAAAGUGCAAUGGCGCUCAGUUCUAGAGGGAGAACGACAGAGUUUGGGGUUGUAUCAAGGAAGUGGAAAGAGAGGGAAAUAAGCCCAGAAAGAAACAAAGUCUGGAUUGAACCCAUGCCUCACAACAACAACAACAACAACAAGUCUUCCAAUACUGAAAGAAAAGUUGCUGUUGUUUACUAUUUGUCUAGAAAUGGUCAGCUGGAACACCCUCAUUUCAUGGAAGUUCCUCUCUAUUCUAAUGAUGGGCUCUAUCUCAAAGAUGUAAUCAACCGCCUAAACCUCCUUCGAGGCAAAGGCAUGGCUGGUCUAUUUUCUUGGUCCUCCAAACGGAGUUACAAAAACGGCUUCGUUUGGCACGACUUAGCAGAGAACGAUUUCAUUUAUCCAUCUCACGGCCAAGAAUACGUUCUCAAAGGAUCCGAGAUUCUCGACCACACGAUAAGCUCUCAAGCCCUCGAACUAACGUCUUCUUCUUUUCGAUUACCAAAACCGCAAGAGUCUCAAAAGUCAGAGAACGAGCAUGAUUUUCCGUCAAUCAGACGCCGGAGGAAUCAGUCUUGGAGUUCCAUUGAUCUCCAUGAAUACAAAGUUUACAAGGCUGAGUCGAGCUCUGAGUCAACUCGGAGACUCGCUGCUGAUGCGUCGACUCAGACUGAUGAGAAGAGGAGAAGAAGAAAACAGGCGGUGGUUAAGGAAGCGGAUAUUGAAGAGCUGCAAACUCAGAGUCAAAGUCAAGAGUUGGAGCAGAAUCAGACUACGGAGCUGAGCGUGGAAGAGAUUUCACCUCCACCGUCGGAUUCGAGUCCGGAGACAUUGGAAUCCUUGAUGAAAGCUGAUGGACGGUUGAGAUUGUGCAAUGGUGGUGAUAACGAAGAUAACUUGAAUCGGACUGCUGAGAGUUGCCCAAGUGGGAGAAUGAAGGCGUCGUCCGUUUUGAUGCAGUUGAUAUCAUGCGGUUCGAUUUCGUUUAAGGAUUGUGGCCCCAGCUCGGAGGGGGAUGAAGGGUUCUCGUUGAUUGGGCACUACAAAUCAAGGUUGCCACGCGGAGCAGGGAAUUGUAAGCAGGUCGGGAAAGAAGCAGGGAUUGAGAGGGAAAUCGGGAGCUUCUCAAGGGUAAGCUUGGAAGAUAAAGAAUAUUUUAGUGGGAGCUUGAUUGAGACCAAGAAAGAGGAUCUUCCUGCCUUGAAGAGAUCUUCUUCUUACAAUGCUGAUAGGAGCUCGCAGUUGCAGUUGGAAGAAAAGGAGAUAGACGGAGUGCGUGCAAAGUGCAUACCAAGGAAGCAGAAAACUGUGUCAACGAAGAAAGAAGGCAACAUAAUCGCAGAUAGCUGUGGUGGUGAAAAUGGAAGCAAUAGUCAAAUGGGAAGCAAAAGGCAUGAUGUCUAGAUUAUCAUUGUUCAUUGGAACUUAGCAAUGUGAAUUGUACUAGUUCUUAGUUUUGUAACAAACAGAGAGAAGUGAAUGACAAUGGAAAGAUAUUAUAGGCAAAGUAUGCAGCAAUGUAUUGCAAGCUACGGCAAGGUGAGCCCGCUCAAUGAGAGGAGCAGUAAGGUUGGGGAAUCUUGUAAAGCUCUCUUGUUGAAGCGUGUAAAUUUGUCCAUUUCAGUUUGGAGCUUUCAGCUAAGGUCAACUUAUGGUGCCUUGGUUUUUGAGGGAGUAACUGAGUGGGUUCAAUUUGUCUUAAUUUCGGUGUAUUUGCACUAACAUCUAGUAGUUUUAGGUCCUUUUUUGACUCAAGUUGAUUUGACUUUGAGACAUGGGAAAUGGAAUUUCAUCUUAGGUAUUAUCAUCUGCUUUGGUCUUUGGCUCCAUUGCGGGAAAGUUGUCUUCUUCAUGGCUGGCCUGACAUGGAGAUUGGAGAUGUGAAACUUGAAGAAAGUACACCAUGAAAGUUCCAACAUUUGCUUUGCAAAUUUCCACUACCAUUUGGCAGAUCUUCGCCAUUCAAUGUUCACUGUCCUUGCAAUUCAAUAUUUUAAGAGAGUUGGAUGGCGUAAUAUCUGGUAUUGAACAAUCUGUUUAGCUACUGUCCAUGUGAACGAGCCUGAAAGCUUGCAGUUUUGAUGAUUCCAGAUCAAUACCCUUUUACAAAUCGGAGAAAAAAAAAAUCGAGACAGCUUAUAGUGAAAGAUAAAUGAAAAACGAGCCAUGGUUUUGUACACUCAAAGUUGUGCGUAAAGGAAGAAUCCAUGGCCAAUUGC